AUGGCAUCGGAUGAUGAAGUAGACGGUUCUUUUGCAGGUGACGAGGACGUUGAGGAAGGUGAGGGUCAGAAUGAGAAUUCUGGAGAGAGUGAUGAGGCCCCACCAAAGGAAGAUGAAGACUACUCACCUGAAGAUGGUAGAAAGAAAAAGAAAGGCAAAAAGAGGAAAGCUCGAGGAGAAGAGAAAAAAGGUAGAAAGAAAAAGAAGAAGCGAAAGAAUGAGAGUGAAGAGGAUGAAGAAUUUGGUCUUGAAGUCCAGGGUGAGGCAGAAGGUGAUAGUGACUAUGCACUUAGUGCCAUGUCCUCCACAAAGAAGUCACGAAAAGGUAGAGGAAGCAAGCACAACACACCUUCCACCCCAAUAGCAUCUGAUUCUGGCUCUGCAGGUAUGCCAACAGUAGAAGAAGUAUGCUCAUCGUUCGGCCUAAGUGACGUAGAUAUACAAUACACUGACGCUGAUUUAGAGAAUUUGACUUCAUACAAGCUCUUCCAACAACAUGUUAGACCAUUACUCGUUAAGGAGAACCCUAAGGUUCCAGUGUCUAAAUUAAUGAUGUUAGUUGCGGCGAAGUGGCGCUUGUUCUGCGAGUCGAAUCCCAAUCUUAGCAGCGGUACCCAAAAUAUGGGAUCUGAAGAAAACACUAACACAUCAACGACGUCUGACUAUACGCCUAAAGCUCGGCCAGGACGCACACCUAAAGACGCCAAGAACGAGGAAGCGAUCGAGGAAGCAGAAGAAGAAGAAGACGAGGAAGCCAGUGACGAGGGCGCUACUGCACCCCGUAAACGUGGGCGGAAGCCCAAACAUGCCAGCGGCACCUCCACGCCACGCGGCAAGCCUGGCCGUAAACCCAAAGUGCCAACACUCAAAAUCAAGUUCAGCAAGAGAAAGAGGACUAGUAGUGAAGAAGAUCAAGAGGGAAGUGCAGUAAACUCGGACUCGGACGCGGAGUUUGAGCAGAUGUUAGCAGAGGCGGAGGAGCCCAAGCCGCCCAGCGUGGCCGGCGCGGAAGACAGCGUGCAACCAAAAGAGGAGGACCCUGCGUUACCGAAAAAGAAGGCAAAGACUAAGAUCGGCAAUAAAAGCAGAAAGAAGAAGAAAUUGAAGACAACGAAUAAGUUUCCUGAUGGUGCUGAAGGCGAACAAGAACAUCAAGACUAUUGCGAGGUUUGUCAACAAGGUGGCGAGAUUAUUCUAUGUGACACAUGUCCUCGGGCUUACCAUCUCGUAUGUCUGGAACCUGAACUGGAGGAGACUCCUGAGGGCCGCUGGUCGUGCCCACACUGUGAAGCCGAGGGCAACCAGGACCAGGAAGAUGAUGAUGAGCAUCAAGAGUUCUGCAGAAUCUGUAAGGACGGCGGUGAGCUGCUGUGCUGUGACUCUUGUCCGUCGGCAUACCACCGCUUCUGUCUCAACCCGCCGCUAGAAGAGGUGCCUGAUGGAGAGUGGAAGUGUCCACGUUGUAGUUGUCCACCGUUAGAUGGAAAAGUAGCAAAGAUACUGACUUGGCGAUGGAAGGAGCAACCCGCCAAGUCAAAAGCACCUCGCUCCAGAGAGUUCUUUGUCAAAUGGCAUGAACGUUCUUACUGGCAUUGCAGUUGGAUAUCAGAACUACAGCUGGAUGUCUUCCAUCCACUCAUGUACCGAUACUACAUGCGUAAAUCUGAUCCUGAAGAGCCGCCAAAACUUGAGGAGCCCUUAGAUGAACGUGAUGGACGAGUCAAGAGGCUCAGAGAUAAGCAGGAACAGGAUCAGGAUGAGAAGUUGCUAGAAGAAAAGUUCUAUAGGUAUGGUGUAAAACCUGAAUGGUUGGUGGUCCAUCGUGUUAUCAACCACCGCACGUCGCGCGACGGAACAACGUACUACUUAGUAAAGUGGCGCGACCUCUCUUACGACCAGGCUACGUGGGAAUCGGAGCACGAGGACAUUGCCGGACUGAAGAAUGCUAUGGAUUAUUAUUCGGACAUGCGCUCUUUCAUCACAUCGGAAGGCAAAACAAAGGGAACUAAAGGCAAAAAACCUGGGCGCAAGAGCAAGAACAAAGAUGUUAUUGACGAGGACGACAGUAGUGCUGGCCUUCAAAUGAAACCUAAGAAAUAUAACCCACCACCUGAUCGUCCCACAACUAAUCUUAACAAGAAAUAUGAAGAUCAACCACCGUUUGUAUACGAAACUGGCAUGCAAUUGCAUCCAUAUCAGUUAGAAGGUCUUAACUGGCUGCGAUAUUCCUGGGGACAGGGUAUCGAUACAAUUCUCGCUGACGAGAUGGGUCUCGGCAAAACUAUCCAAACAGUCACAUUCCUUUAUUCACUAUUCAAAGAGGGACAUUGCAAAGGCCCAUUCCUGGUGUCCGUUCCUCUGUCAACUAUUAUUAAUUGGGAAAGAGAGUUCGAACUAUGGGCACCUGACCUGUAUUGCAUCACCUAUGUUGGGGAUAAAGAUUCUAGAGCUGUUAUACGUGAGAAUGAAUUGACAUUUGAUGAUGGCGCAAAUAGAGGCGGGCGGCCUUCAAAGAUCAAAUCACAAGUUAAAUUUAAUGUACUUCUGACGUCAUACGAGUUGGUUUCUAUCGAUGCCACCUGCCUUGGGUCUAUUGAGUGGGCAGUCCUUGUGGUAGACGAGGCUCACAGGUUGAAGAGCAAUCAGUCAAAGUUCUUCAGGCUCUUAGCAGGUUAUCACAUUAAUUAUAAAUUGUUGCUCACUGGUACUCCACUACAAAAUAAUCUAGAAGAAUUGUUCCACUUAUUAAACUUCUUGAAUAAGGACAAGUUUAAUGAUCUCGCUGCAUUCCAAAAUGAAUUUGCCGAUGUUUCAAAGGAAGAGCAGGUAAAGAGGCUGCAUGAGAUGUUGGGACCCCACAUGUUGCGACGUCUAAAGGCUGAUGUACUCAAGAACAUGCCAACUAAAUCUGAGUUUAUUGUACGUGUAGAAUUGUCACCAAUGCAGAAGAAGUACUAUAAGUACAUUCUGACAAGGAAUUAUGAAGCUCUGAACCCUAAGAGUGGUGGUCAGACAGUAUCGCUACUUAAUGUCAUGAUGGACCUUAAGAAAUGCUGUAAUCACCCAUAUCUAUUUCCUGUUGCCGCAGAAGAAGCGCCUCUCGGACCUCACGGCAAUUACGAUACCCAAGCUCUAAUCAAAGCUUCGGGAAAAUUAGUUCUAAUGUCUAAAAUGUUAAAACAGCUCAAAGAGCAAGGGCAUAGAGUAUUGAUUUUCUCGCAAAUGACAAAAAUGUUAGACAUUCUUGAGGACUUUUUAGAAGGAGAAGGUUACAAAUAUGAAAGAAUUGAUGGAGGGAUCACAGGAACUAUUCGACAAGAAGCCAUUGACAGAUUCAAUGCGCCGGGUGCUCAGCAGUUCGUAUUCUUAUUAUCGACUAGGGCUGGUGGUCUAGGUAUUAAUUUAGCUACAGCUGACACUGUAAUUAUUUACGACUCUGAUUGGAAUCCUCACAAUGACAUCCAGGCGUUCUCACGUGCUCAUCGUAUUGGUCAAGCUAACAAAGUGAUGAUUUACCGUUUUGUGACACGCAAUAGUGUAGAGGAGAGAGUAACGCAGGUUGCUAAAAGAAAAAUGAUGUUGACACAUUUGGUAGUACGUCCUGGUAUGGGCGGUAAGGGUGCUAACUUUACUAAACAGGAAUUGGACGAUAUUCUAAGGUUCGGUACUGAGGAACUAUUUAAAGAAGAGGAAGGUAAAGAAGAAGCUAUUCACUAUGAUGAUCGGGCCGUAGGUGAGUUGCUAGAUCGUUCAAAGGAAGGUAUCGAACAAAAAGAAUCUUGGGCCAAUGAAUACCUUAGCUCGUUCAAAGUGGCCAGUUAUUCUACGAAAGAGGGUGACGGUGAAGAGGAAGUGGACACAGAGAUUAUCAAACAAGAGGCUGAAAAUACCGACCCUGCAUAUUGGAUCAAAUUGCUGAGGCAUCACUAUGAACAACAUCAAGAAGAUCAGGCUAGGACACUCGGUAAAGGAAAGCGAGUUCGUAAGCAAGUCAAUUAUAACGACGGCAGCGUGGCUCAGACUGAAAACCGGGAGGAUAGCACGUGGCAAGAGAACGGAUCAGAUUACAACUCAGACUUUUCACAAGGCAGCGAAGAUGAUAAGGAAGAUGAUGACUUCGACGAGAAGAAUGACAAUGGCGAUCUACUCAGCCGUAGAAGUAAAAGACGUUUGGAAAGGCGCGAAGAGCGAGACAGACCGUUGCCGCCAUUACUGGCACGUGUCGGUGGAAACAUGGAAGUACUCGGUUUCAAUGCGCGACAGAGGAAGUCGUUCCUGAACGCUAUCAUGCGCUACGGCAUGCCGCCACAGGACGCUUUCAACUCACAAUGGCUGGUGAGGGAUCUUCGCGGGAAAUCGGAGAGGAAUUUCAAAGCAUAUGUGUCUCUAUUCAUGAGGCAUUUGUGCGAACCUGGGGCUGACAACGCUGAAACUUUCGCCGAUGGGGUACCUCGCGAAGGAUUAUCACGACAGCACGUACUAACUCGAAUAGGAGUAAUGAGUCUUAUUAGAAAGAAGGUACAGGAAUUCGAACACAUAAAUGGAUAUUAUAGUAUGCCAGAAAUGAUUCGUAAGCCUGUUGAACCUGUAAAGAGUGGUACAGGUGAGAGUGCAGCACCAAGUCCGGCUCCAUCGACAGCUACUCCUAUAACUUCAGCUGCACCGUCCCCGGCACCUACUUCAUUAACACAGACUUCUGGCCAAGCGCCAACCCCGCAAGGUUCUGAUAAAGAUGAUAAAGAGGAGCCGAAAGACGAGAAACAAGAUAUUAAAGAUGUUAAAGAAAAAGAAGAGCCAAUGGACACAACUGAUCUCAAGGAUGAACCUGUAGAGGAGAAGGAACCUGAGGUUAAAGCUGAGGAGAACAAAGAUAAGGAACGUCGUAUGUCAGUUGACGAGGAAACUCCUAAAGACGAUGAUAAGGCUAGUGAAAAGAAAGAUGACAAGGAAGCCAAAGUCAAGGAAGAAAAAGAAGAUGAAAAGAAGGAUGAUGUUAAGAGUGAAAAGGCGGAGUCAGAAGCAUCCGAGAAACCCAAGGAUGAAAAGAAGGAUGAAGAAGAUGAUGACGUAGUUCUCGUUAAAGAAGAAGAGGACUUGAAGGUUGAACGUCGUAAGUUCAUGUUCAAUAUCGCAGACGGAGGUUUCACAGAACUACAUACAUUGUGGCUGAACGAAGAACGUGCUGCGGCUCCGGGUCGCGAGUAUGAGAUCUGGCAUCGGAGGCACGACUACUGGCUACUUGCUGGCAUCGUCACGCAUGGCUAUGGCCGAUGGCAGGAUAUUCAAAAUGACCUCCGUUUCGCUAUAAUAAACGAGCCUUUCAAAAUGGAUGUUGGUAAAGGAAAUUUCCUUGAGAUUAAAAAUAAGUUCCUAGCGAGGCGUUUUAAGCUUUUAGAACAAGCGUUAGUAAUUGAAGAGCAACUACGUAGAGCGGCGUAUUUGAAUUUGACUCAGGAUCCCAACCAUCCCGCCAUGUCACUCAACGCACGGUUUGCAGAGGUCGAGUGUUUGGCCGAGUCGCAUCAGCACCUUAGUAAGGAGUCUUUAGCGGGCAACAAACCCGCUAAUGCUGUUUUACAUAAGGUGCUGAACCAGCUGGAGGAGCUGCUGUCGGACAUGAAGUCGGACGUGUCGCGCCUGCCCGCCACGCUGGCGCGCAUCCCGCCCGUGGCGCAGCGCCUGCAGAUGUCGGAGCGCUCCAUCCUGUCGCGCCUCGCCGCCACGGCCGGCAACCCCGUGCCCGCAGCGCAAAUGGCGCAGUUCCCGGCCGGGUUCCAGUCAGGCGGCUCGCUCCCCGGCUUCUCCCCCGCGGCUGCGGCGGCCGCCAACUUCUCCAAUUUCCGCCCGCAGUACUCCGUGCCCGGACAACCCGCCUCCAGUGGAUCUUCUAAUAAAUCAUAA